ACCUACGGUCGUCUGGCGGCGUACCUGCGAGAUUUGCGUGGUUGGGUCGGAGUUCUCCAUGCUGACAGGGUGGUCUCGAGACACUCUCCUUGGCAGGCGGAUCUACGAGUUCUGGGACAAGAACUCGACGCUCGAGUACUGGGAGAAGUUUGCAUCUCAUGCCUUUGAGAACACGAGUCAGAGCAUCGUUGCGAAUGUGGUAUUGAAGAGGCCAGAUGGCAGUAGUGUGCCUUGUGCUGCCUGCUUCAGUAUCAAGAGGAACGUCUUUGACUUACCCAGUCUGGUGGUGAGUUGUCAAUGUACGGCAGGGUGACAGGCAGCGGUCAGUAAGGGCUGACACAUGUUCACCUCACCCCUCUCGCUUCUGUCCAAGGUCGGAGCUUUCCUACCCAUCCUCUCUCCCUCCUCGUCUUGAUCCAGGCCGACACUGUAGACCGAUGCAUGAGAGCAAUUUUGUACCGUGCGCAGUUUGUCCCUUCUUCCCUCACUUCAUCUGUCUCCACUUGCACACAUAUUCUUGCCUUCCAUUGGCACAGGCCCCUUUUGGCAC